AUGUCGUCCAUAAAUGUCUUUCUGUCAAUAUACUGGAAUAUAAUUUUUCGGGAAAGGACGAUAAUCGUUGUCCAAAAUGCUGUUUUGGUGGUGCCUGACCAGAUCAGAGUAGACGUUGAGGUCUCUAUCAACGGUUUUAAAUAUGCUCUCGCCAAUCAACUUCAUUUUGCCACACUUUUUCGCUUCUUUCUUCUUUCACUUUGCCGGCAGGUAGCAGCUCAAAAAUACAUAAAUCCAGUGCCGAUUUCAACCAAUUCCAUAACUCUGAAGCGCUGC